AUGGCCAAACGCGUGACGCUUUUCGAUCCCCCCGCGCAGGACCAUUCCAAAUCUCUUAUCGAAAAUGUCCUCGACCUGACGCCAGUGGUGGACCUCGGCCCAGACGUCUUCACCAAUACCCGUCCGCUAUGGCAUCCCCCCGGAGCUCGAGGCAUUUACGGUGGCGCUGCGAUCGCGCAGUCCCUAUCAGCAGCCAUGCGGACCGUCCCCGCCGACUACGCCGUCCACAGCAUGCACUGCUACUUUGUGCUUGCCGGCGACUCCGAAAUCCCAAUCCUAUACCAUGUGGAGCGCGUCCGCGACGGCCGGAGCUUCAUCACCCGAACCGUGCAGGCGCGGCAACGGGGCCGGCCGAUCUUCACCACCACGUUGAGCUUCAGUCGCGUUGGCAGUGGUGGCGAGAAGACGAUCCACCACGCCGUGUCUAAGCCGGAGGUCCCAUUGCCCGAGGAUGCCGAGCCGGGAAGUUUGAAAGCCCUCAGCAAUGCGGGUGGGGGUCCGUUUGAAUCAAGGAAGGCGGGCAUUGUGAACCGCACUUCCCCCAAUCCAGAAGAUAAAAAGAUCCGCCGAUAUAUUCGCGCCCGAGGCGCAAUCUCCGAGCAGGGUGGAAACCAGGCCCACUUGUCGGCAUUGGCCUAUAUCACCGAUAGUUACUUCAUCGGCACUGUCGCCGUCGUCCACGAUAUCCCACGAUUCUCUUCCCCUGCUGAGCUUGAGAAGCUUCUGAACGCGCUUAAGAACCCAUCUGAUCUUGACGAUGAGGAUAUCCAUCGGGCUUUGAAGGAGUUGAAAGAAGAGGAAGCUGCAGAGCUGCGUCGUCGUGUAGAAGGUGCCUUGAAUAAGGUCGCGAAGAGCAAAACAGAUGCAGAUCAUAAGGAAGUUGGCAUGAUGGUCAGCUUGGACCACUCUAUUUAUUUCCACAAUCCGCGUGCCUUCCGUGCUGAUGAGUGGAUGUUGACCGAGAUGGAGAGCCCGUGGGCUGGCGAAGGACGAGGCUUGGGAAUCCAGAAGAUUUGGUCCAAGGAUGGACUGCUCAUUGCUACUUGUAUGCAAGAGGGUGUUGUGCGGUUAAAGCAAAACAAGCCGCCGUUGUCGAAGAUUUAG